UGUAAUUAUAGCGUUUCAUUAAAAACGUUUUGGGUUGCUUUACAACAAUUAUUAAAUGGCCGGAGCAAUACCGUAUGUGGAUUCUAAGCUUCGUCAAAGGAAGAUCAUCUUAUUUUCUAAAUCUUACUCUCCAGAAUGUAAAAUGAUCAAAAAAAUCAUUAGUGAACAUCAACUUUCAGAAAGAGAUUUUGAAAUAGUUGAAAUUGAAAAACGACAAGAUUGUGUUCAAAUUGAAAAUUAUUUUCAAGUUUUAUGUCUAACAGAUGCUAGAUCUGUUCCUCGUCUAUUUGUAAAUGGGGAGUAUAUAGGAGGUGAGAAGGAAAUCGUCCUGUUGCAAAAAUCUGGAGAACUCAAAAAUAUUUUUGCAGCUGCUGUGGCCACAGAAUAAUUUGUAUUGAAUGUUUCUUACCUAUAUCUUUUUGUUACUUUUAAGAACUUUAAUUUUGUAAGGAUAUUAUUGUACAUCUGAAAAGCAGAUCAGUAAUGACUUUUGCAUACAUAUAUUUUUACUGGGUGAUUGUACAUUUUUCUUGUAAAUGAAAUUCAAUAAAAAAUAAAUUUAAAAUAAUUAAACAAUAUUGAC